AUGCGUGUCCCAUCCUACCUCCUCGCAGCCCUCCUCCUCCACCUACGGGCUGCUAUAGCUCUGGAGCUGAGCACCACCGAUCUCGUCGAACAGCUGUUCCUCGACUUCACCACCGAUGAAUACGUAGCCGCCAUCCACGAGGGCCGCUUCGGCGACGCCGUAUGGGCCCGCUACCACAUUGCCGGCGACGUAAACCCCCAGACCGGCAUAAUCGAGAACACCAACUUGACCGUGCUGCAAAGCAUCGAAGAAGAUGCCCUGGGCUACAGAACCUCCGACCCUGACCUCUACGCCGACGCUCUGCACUUCUACGGAAACACCAGCAGGGCCGACUCCCAUACCGACAUCAUCGACCUCUUCACGACGAUCGGGCAGCAGUCGCUCGACGAGGCGCAGAAAAACCUCGAGAAGCGGGUGACAUACGGCAUCAAGUGCACGGUCGAAUAUCGGGAGCAGGAGGAAUAUUUACACGUAUAUGUCGUGCUCUCUUAG